GCGCGGUGACGUAGUUUCUUGUGUGGGAAGCGUGUGGGCGCGCGCUCAGACGCAGUCAGUCAGUGCAGACUGGUUCAGGCAGAAAACGUUCUUCUGAAUAAUUAGAUAACAGUAAUCCACAGAUGUCGGAGGAAAUCGACGAAACACAAACUGUCGAGGAGACACCGGCAGAAGAGAAAGAUGUACAGGACAAGACGACGAUCAAUCCUGAGAAGGCAGAGGAGGCAAAACUGAAGGCAAAAUACCCAAAUUUGCUCAAUAAACCUGGGUGCUCUGAUCUGCUUCGUAAACGUAUACAAAAAGGGCCAAAAUACUUUGACUCGGGGGACUACAACAUGGCUAAAGCAAAGAUGAAGAACAAGCAGCUGCCGAUGGCGGCACCAGAGAAGGCAGAGAUCACAGGGGACCACAUCCCCACUCCACAGGACCUGCCCCAGAGGAAACCUUCUCUGGUAGCCAGUAAACUGGCAGUCUGAUGUGCGCAUGGUCUCCACAGCUCCUCCCAGCCGAACCCUCUCAAGUGUCACUGCUGUAAUCUUACCUCUCCCUCUCUCUCGCAGUACCACCUGUCCCCUGACCAGCUUGGACCCCCAUCCAAAAGUAACCUACACCUAACACCCAGUGACCUGGUUAGCUGAUACUUUAAAAUCAUAAUUUUGUUUCCCGCUCACCUAGCAUGAUUUUUGGUGUUUUCUCUCUUGCUACUCCCAGGAACUGACCAUUUAAUUGUCCUCUUACCUUUCCUUGUUCCCCUUGCUUUUUAUUUUUUCUCCACUUAUUUCCGUAUAAGAUACACUGAAAGAAAAGACAUUCAAAUGUGCUUGUGAAGGCGUGCACAGUGAUGUCUCUACAACUGGACAACCAAUAGCACAGCAUUUCCCGACUGCAAAGUGAGCAACUCUUGUGAUUGGAGAGUUUUAUGAUGGUGAUGGUUUGGAAGUGUGUAUAUAUUUCCUGUUGUUCAGUGCAGACACUUUCGUCAGCCUUCGUGAACAUUUUACAUGUGAUUUUUGUCAAUGUAUCUCUUGAUUCUAAAUUAUGCUGUCUGUAUGCUCCCGUGGUUCACUGGUUACUAACCCAGAGGCCAAACUCGGGCUGUGUGAAUGUCGGAGGGAGACUCCACUGAAGGACCACAUGGUUAAAGGUCAGAGUGUCACAGUGUAAUGCACACAUACAGGGAUGCACAAAUCAUACCUCAUAUUUUUAAAGUCAUGAGGUGCGCUAACCACAAUCGCAUGCACAAAUGCUGAAAUGGUGGAAUGCAGGUAGUUGAUAGUUUACCAACACGUGAUGUAGGAAAUCCUGCCAUAUGAGGGUAAGAGCAGCAGUGGGUGUGCUUUCUUGGUUCUGUCUGAACUUGGGUGUGGUGAGUUUUGUUGUAUUGGCCUGAGGUGAUGACACAGGCUUCUCUGUCGGUCCAACCUGCUUUUUAAUGUUUGAAGAGGAAUAACUAUGAAGGACCACAAAGUUCUGUUUUUCAGAGUGGGCUGUAGUUGAGCUUUAUAAUCUGUUAUCUUAAUUAUUUGUGUGAUAAUUGUUUAAUCAUUCAGUCUAUCAAAGCUCAAAGUAUUUGAGAAAUUGUAAUCAGUUGAAAUUCUGAAUUUUUCUUCAAUCAAGAUCAUCAAAUUAUGUUGAUGGCUGAUGUUCUAAUGACAAAUCCUAAACUGUAUGGUGGAUUUCAAUGAAACUUCACACAAUGGUGGCAUACCAUAUGAAGAUGUGCAUGAAGGAAAAUACAUGUGGCAUAACAUCCCUAAUAAGAGAUAAUUGGAGUUUUGUUUUUAAAUUACACAUCAUAUGUAUAUUGACCUCAUACAGGCAGCGCUUAAGCUGCUCUUAAUGAAACUUGACAGUACCAUACUAUAUGAAGAAAAAUAAUUUGGGUUCAAUAUCUUCCAGGGGAGACAGAUUUUUAGUUAUUUCAGCUGUCCUAUAGACUAGUCAUGUGUCUGUGGCUGUGCAAGGUUAAAUUAAUGGGGAGAAUGUACUUUGUACCACUCUUGGAUAAAGUGCUGUGUUCAACUUUUGGGGGCAAUCAGUGGACAUCGAAAACCGAACGUACUUCUGAGAUAAAAUGCCAUUGGUUCUUUGCUUUUCAGGGGCACUUGCCAACUUUACAAAAUGUAUGAUGUAAAGUCGAUUUAAGCUUGCACUAUAUCAGGCUGUGCUGUGCAUGUAAAUGGCUGCCCUGCUGUCACUCUGUGCCAUUUUGUUUUGUAAAUAAAAUAGUUUUGCACAAAUGUC